AUGGUUCGUGGAGAAACGUCUGAGCAGAAUAAAGCCAAGAAAUCCAAGCAUGGAAGUUCCAGUUAUCUUUCUUUAAUCGCAAAAUUAAGUGACGAGAAACUUGAAACGAUGUCUAUUCAAGCUUUAAACAGGCGACUUCGCAAACUUCCUCAAGGUCUGGUCCAAAAGGUUCGAAAGCGAAGGCGAAUCUUAAAGAAUCGCAAGUACGCUCUGAAGUGUCGAAAGAAAAACUCAUCAAAAGAAAAGGAUAUCAUCCAAGAAAAUAAAGAUCUUCAGCUGGAGAUAUCUAAAGUAAAAGAAGAAUUGAAAAAGGUUAUCAGCGAGAAAAAAGAUUAUGAACAGAAAUGCGCGACACUGACUUCAAAGUUGCGUUGGAUUCAAAGCAGCGACUUCGUUUAA